CGGUUGUGGCCUAGCGUUCUGCGCAGGCGCAGUCGGCUCCCGAAGCUGCUCCGAGGUUCGACGCCGUUGUGAGGAGAGAAAAAAGACAGUUUCUUUCCUUCCUUCCUCCCGCCUUCGCCGCUGCCGCUUCGCCGCCAUUAUGAGCGUGGAAGCGUACGGGCCCAGCUCCCAAACGCUGACGUUCCUGGACACGGAGGAGGCCGAGCUGCUGGGUGCCGACACGCAGGGCUCCGAGUUCGAGUUCACCGACUUCACCUUGCCCAGCCAGGGCCAGACGCCGCCCGCCGCCGCCGGGAGCGGGGCCUCCGCCUCUUCCUCCUCCGCCGCUCAAGGCCACGGCGGCCCGCCCUCUGCCGCCGCCCCGGGGCCCCUCGACGCCCAGGUCAACGGGCCGGAUGGCAUCCUCCAGAACGGGGCUGUGGAUGACAGUGUACCGAAGACCAGCCAGCUCCUUGCCGAGCUCAACUUUGAGGAGGAUGAAGAGGAUACCUACUACACCAAGGACCUCCCUGUGCAUGCCUGCAGCUACUGCGGCAUCCAUGAUCCAGCCUGUGUGGUCUACUGUAAUACCAGCAAAAAGUGGUUCUGCAAUGGACGCGGGAAUACCUCUGGCAGCCACAUCGUGAACCACCUGGUGCGAGCCAAGUGCAAAGAGGUGACUCUCCACAAGGACGGUCCUCUGGGUGAGACAGUCCUGGAGUGCUACAACUGUGGCUGCCGCAAUGUCUUCCUGCUGGGCUUCAUCCCGGCCAAAGCCGACUCUGUGGUCGUCUUGCUGUGCAGGCAACCUUGUGCAAGUCAGAGCAGCCUGAAGGACAUCAACUGGGACAGCUCUCAGUGGCAGCCUCUGAUUCAAGACCGCUGCUUCCUUUCCUGGCUGGUCAAGAUCCCUUCAGAGCAAGAGCAGCUCAGGGCCCGGCAGAUCACCGCCCAGCAAAUCAACAAGCUGGAAGAGCUGUGGAAGGAGAACCCGUCUGCCACCCUCGAAGACUUGGAGAAGCCUGGCGUCGACGAGGAGCCACAGCACGUCCUGCUCCGCUAUGAGGACGCCUAUCAGUACCAGAACAUCUUUGGGCCACUGGUGAAACUCGAGGCGGACUACGACAAGAAGCUGAAAGAGUCUCAGACCCAAGACAACAUCACUGUGAGGUGGGAUUUGGGUCUGAACAAGAAGAGGAUUGCCUACUUCACUUUGCCGAAGACAGAUUCAGAUAUGCGUCUGAUGCAGGGAGAUGAGAUCUGCCUGAGGUACAAGGGGGACUUGGCCCCACUCUGGAAAGGGAUUGGCCACGUGAUCAAAGUUCCUGAUAGUUUCGAAGAUUACGGCGACGAGAUUGCCAUUGAGCUGCGGAGCAGCGUGGGGGCCCCCGUGGAGGUGACCCACAACUUCCAGGUGGACUUUGUGUGGAAGUCAACCUCCUUUGACAGGAUGCAGAGCGCCCUGAAGACCUUCGCGGUGGAUGAGACCUCUGUCUCUGGCUACAUCUACCACAAGCUCCUGGGCCAUGAGGUGGAGGAUGUCAUCAUCAAGUGCCAGCUGCCCAAGCGCUUCACUGCCCAAGGGCUGCCAGACCUCAACCACUCUCAGGUGUAUGCAGUGAAGACUGUCUUGCAGCGACCCUUGAGCCUCAUCCAGGGGCCCCCUGGGACUGGGAAGACUGUGACCUCGGCCACUAUCGUUUAUCACCUGGCGAGGCAAGGAAAUGGGCCUGUGCUCGUCUGCGCUCCAAGUAACAUCGCCGUGGACCAGCUGACGGAGAAGAUUCACCAGACGGGACUGAAGGUGGUUCGCCUUUGCGCCAAGAGCCGCGAAGCCAUCGACUCACCUGUCUCCUUCCUGGCCCUGCACAACCAGAUCAGGAAUAUGGAUAGUAUGCCUGAGCUCCAAAAGCUGCAGCAGCUGAAAGAUGAGACUGGGGAGCUGUCCUCUGCUGACGAGAAGCGCUACCGGGCCCUGAAAAGGACAGCCGAGCGGGAAUUGCUCAUGAAUGCGGACGUCAUUUGCUGCACCUGCGUGGGAGCUGGCGACCCACGGCUGGCCAAGAUGCAGUUCCGCUCCAUCCUGAUUGACGAGAGCACCCAAGCCACAGAGCCUGAGUGCAUGGUGCCGGUGGUCCUGGGGGCAAAGCAGCUGAUCCUCGUGGGCGACCACUGCCAGCUUGGCCCGGUGGUGAUGUGCAAGAAGGCAGCCAAAGCUGGCCUGUCGCAGUCCCUUUUUGAGCGGCUGGUGGUGCUGGGCAUCCGACCCAUCCGCCUCCAGGUCCAGUACCGCAUGCACCCGGCCCUGAGCGCCUUCCCAUCGAACAUCUUCUACGAGGGAUCCCUGCAGAAUGGUGUCACGGCAGCGGACCGUGUGAAGAAAGGCUUUGACUUCCAGUGGCCCCAGCCAGACAAGCCCAUGUUCUUCUAUGUGACCCAAGGGCAAGAGGAGAUCGCAAGUUCCGGGACUUCGUACCUGAACAGAACGGAGGCUGCAAAUGUGGAGAAGAUUACCACCAAGUUGCUGAAGGCUGGGGCGAAGCCGGACCAGAUUGGGAUCAUCACGCCGUAUGAAGGGCAGCGCUCCUACCUGGUGCAGUACAUGCAAUUCAGCGGUUCCUUGCACACCAAGCUCUAUCAGGAAGUGGAAAUUGCCAGCGUGGAUGCUUUCCAAGGGCGUGAGAAGGACUUCAUCAUUCUCUCCUGCGUCAGGGCCAAUGAGCACCAAGGCAUCGGUUUUCUGAAUGAUCCCCGGCGCCUCAACGUGGCUCUGACCCGAGCGAGAUAUGGUGUCAUCAUUGUGGGGAACCCCAAGGCCCUAUCCAAGCAGCCCCUCUGGAACCACCUGCUCAACUACUACAAGGAGCAAAAGGUGCUGGUGGAAGGCCCCCUGAACAACCUACGCGAGAGCCUCAUGCAGUUCAGCAAGCCCCGGAAACUGGUCAAUACCAUCAACCCGGGGGCCCGCUUCAUGACCACCGCCAUGUAUGAUGCUCGUGAGGCCAUUAUCCCCGGAUCGGUGUACGACCGCAGCAGCCAAGGCCGCCCCUCCAACAUGUACUUCCAAACCCAUGACCAGAUUGGGAUGAUCAGCACCGGGCCCAGCCAUGUCACCGCCAUGAACAUCCCCAUCCCCUUCAACCUGGUGAUGCCACCCAUGCCGCCCCCGGGGUACUUUGGGCAGGCCAAUGGUCCCGCUGCCGGCCGGGGGAACCUGAAGGGCAAGGCUAGCCGGGGCGGGCGGCAGAAGAAUCGCUUUGGGCUCCCGGGGACCGGCCAGUCCAACCUGCCCAACAGCCAGGCCAGCCAAGACGUGGCCUCGCAGCCCUUCUCCCAGGGGCCCUUGACCCAGGGCUACAUUUCCAUGAGCCAGCCCUCCCAGAUGAGCCAGCCAGGCCUCUCCCAGCCAGAGCUUUCCCAGGAUAGCUACCUGGGCGAUGAGUUCAAGUCCCAGAUCGAUGUGGCCCUGUCACAGGACUCGACGUACCAAGGGGAGCGCGCUUAUCAACACGGAGUGACCGGACUGUCACAGUAUUAAAAUGUUGAAGGAGAAGAGCUAAGCUUGCGUGGAGCUUAGUUCCACAGCGUUUUAUUCUGGGUCAUAAAAAAAUUAAAAUAAAAUGGAUACCUGUUUUCCACUGCUAAAACUGAAGCAACUCUUGUGAGAGCAACAAGAGAGAGAAAGGUAGAGAAAAGAGAGAGAGAGAGAGCGACAUCAACGGAGAGAGGAGUGAGAGAAGAGGGAAAGGAAGGAGCGCGUGCGAAGGAGAGAGAGAGAAGAAGAGGAAAGAAUAAUAAUAAUAAAAACACAAUAAAGAGCCCACUGCUAGCUCACUGAGAUGAGAGGAGACUAAUGACCGGAGAUGGGAAGCUGAGCACCGGAGGAGGAGGAGGAGGGACCGGCUGGCGGUCGGUCAGCGGACUCCCGCCAUCAACAAACAUACUGAAGAGGCGAGAGAGAGAGAGAGAGAGAGAGAAAGGAGGAGAGAGAAAAGAAAGAGAAGGACCUUCGAAGCAAGAUUCACUUCAUGUUCCGUUCUUCUCAUUGUUGCGAGCAGGGCUUUACUUUUCAGAGCAGGGCGGGAGAGGGAAGGGGAAAAAAACCCUCCAUCUCAGAGUUGGUUUGUGUACUUGUCUCUCCCUUUGUUUGUAUUUUUAUUUUUCCCUUCCUUCUUUUUUUUUCCUUCAGAGCAAGCGGUCCUCCGCUCUCGGCUGGUACCCAAUUCUGAGACGGAGUGGUUUUGGCAAUUUUUUUAUUUUUAUUUUUUUUGUGAAUCUCGCAUUUGCAAAAAUGGGAUUUUUUUUUCUUUUUUUUCUUUCUUUUUUUUUUUUUUUUGGUGAAAAGAUGGAGUGGUUCUUUUUUCCCCCAACUUUUUUUUAAAGGAGAGAGAAGUGCUGGAUAUAUAUAUUAUAUAUUUCUAGACCCUUUUUUGUCUCUGAAAUGAUAUCUUGGUAGUGGAGCGGGUGCGGGACAAAAAAACCCUUGUUCUGAAAAGCUGAGUAGAAAAAUCUAUAAAUAUAUCUCUACACACAUAUAUAUAAGAAAAAAGCGUGCUGCUUAACUUUGAGAACACUCUUUUUUUGGCGCGAUUUUGUCCAGUUGGUCGCCCUCUUCUCCCGAAGGAGAGUCGCGGAAAGGAAGUCAGCGCUUUCUAGGUUCCGAAGGACAUUUGUCUUGCUUUUAUCGGCUACUUCUUUCUGGGCUCUGCUCCGCGCAACGUUUUGGGGUUUUAUUUCCCUUUCCCCCUGCUGUUUGUUUUCUUCUUCCUUUUUCUGUAAGACGUAACGCUUCACAAAAAGAAAAGGUAGAUCGAGCUGAUCUUUGGCCUGAGGGACGCUGGGUUGGGGGAUGCGUUUUUAGCAAAAAGGGAGGAGGAGGGGGGACUAGAUUAUAUUGGUUUUGAAGUAAAAGGUUCUCUAUCAAAAAAGGUAAUAUUUCAAAGCAGGUCAGUGGCGUGGAGAGCAGAUAGUUAUUGCAAGGAUAUCGGGGUGAUGUUUUGCAGGAAGGAGAAGUUGAAACAGCCGGAGACCACGGAAAAGAAGAAAACAACGCGACAUUCAAGUGACCAAAAAUGUUUUGUUUUGUUUUUUUGCGACGGAAAACAUUUUCCUUUUUACAAUCCGCAUUGAUAGCUUUUUUCAGCAAAAACACCAACAAUGCCUCUGAAACUCGUCUUCGGCCCUUUUGCCUCUCGAGAGGCGGUUUUGUACAAAAAUCAUCCGUAUGAAUUUCCCCCCCUUUCUUCUGAUGUCGUUUCACCUUUUGAGGAAUGCGAAGUUACUUUUCACUAAUGUAAAACAGACGACACCCUGCUUAAGAAACCCAUCCCGCUUCCUAGGAAAGAAAAAAGACCCGUCCCGCAAAGGUGGGAUUUCAGAUCCCUUUUGGAAUAAAGUAAAUAACAUAAAAAACCGCCCGAGACUUGUUUUCCAGCCACAGAAGUGCAACGUCGGUGCUGUAGCAGACAGGCUGGUGGCAGGAAAUACACAAGAAGGGUCUCCAAGAUUUGAACUUCUCCGGGAAAAGGGCUGCAAGCCAAACGUCCUGCCGAGGGGCUGCCUCUCGAUCUGGACCAUUGGAGGAUGAACCCCUUCCUCCACCCCGCCCCCCAGGUAGGCUGCUGCGUAGGUUUAUUUUUUGAGAUAGGCUUUAAAGUGAUAGCUGCCUUCCCCUUCCCCAUUAUUGACCCUCUGCGGAUUAAAUGUACCCCGUUUUCUUCCCGCCUCCACUUCCCCGAUCCCUCCCUCUAGUUAUUGACGCUUGCCUCCGCUUUGCGCUGGGUUUCUUUCCCUCUGUUGCAAGUCAUUCUUUUUCUUUUUCUAUUGAAAAAAAACAGCACCCGGUCGCCAAUAAUAGCGCGGUGUUGAAGCUGGUUUUUACCCUCCCCUUUUGGUCCCAGUUUGUUUCCUUUUUGUUUUUUAAAACUGUUUGUCAUCAACUUAAUAAAGAGCUCUUGCAUUCA